CUGUCUGGUGGUACAAAAAAAGUGAAAAUAGACUUGGCUGGGUGAUUCGGGCCAGUGUUCCUCCUCAUCUACCACAGGGCACCGCCUUUCUUCCCUCCCUCUGGCAGAGACUGCCCCCUGCUGCGCGUGCUGGCUGGUGAGGCUGGGGAGGAGGUGGAGGGCUCUCUGCCCUGGACUGUCUCCUGGCUCCUGGAGGGAAACACCUGCAGUAGCCUCCUUCUUCGUCUGGACCUGCGAGGUGGUGAGGGUGGGGGUUCUGGGACUUGGUAGACUCUCUCCAUGUUAUUUCUCAACCAGCCACUGUCCUGUUGUAGCCCAGAGAGAGUGCUUGAUUCUCUGGGUGGGCCAGCAUUCAGGAAGGCCAGGUCGUGGCCAACAUGUAACUGUCAGAAGACUCAAUCCCUUAACCUCAGAGAUUUUCAACAACUUAACCAACUUUUCCUCUCCCCCUCUUUGGGGCAGGGUCUCCCCAUGUAGGUCAGGCUGUCCCUGAAGUACAUGUGCAGUCCAGGCUAGCUAGAACUCAUCAUCUUUCUGUCUUAGCUUCCUGAGUGCAGGGGUUAGAGCUGUUUGCCACCACGUUCAGGAUAUUUUUUUUUAUUUGUUUUUCCAGACUGAGUUUCUCUGUAUAGCCCUGGCUAUUCUGGAACUCACUCUGUAGACCAGGCUGGCCUCAAAUUCACAGAUAUCCACCUGCCUCUGCCUCCCCAGUGCCGGGAUUAAAGGCAUGCACCACCACUGCCCAACCACAUUCAAAAUCUUUAUCAAGCAUUUUAACACCUUUUCUCUUCAAUAAGGUCUCACUGUAGCCCAGGCUGGCCUUGAACUCCUGGAAGUCUGCCUGCCUCAGCAUCCCGAGUGCUGGGAUUGCAGGAGUAAGGGGCCACAUCCCAGAAUGCAGAGCUAAUUCACAAAUGAGAGGGAGGCAGGCCUAAUUCAUAUAUUAGAAAAGGACCACAGAGGAGAAAACACUUUCCCGUUUUCACAAAUCCACAAUGAAUGAGGCCCCUGAGGCUGUAAUAAUAGAGCUUUGGGGGGAGGUUCCAUGGGGGACACAGGUCAGACAACAAUGUCACUGGAGCUGAGUUUGGUGGCACAUACCUGUAAUCCCAACACGCAGAAGACUGGCGUCGGAGGCCUGCAAAUUCAGGGCUAGAGUGAGUUACACAGCCAGAUGGUCUCACACAAAAAAGCCUGGAAACAACAGCAACAUCAUGGAAUGGUUGGAGAACAGCUUAGUGGUGAGCACUUGCCUAGCAUGCACAGAGAAAGUCAAAUAGGAGUUAUUAGUGAUGAUGGUGGUGAUGCUGCUGCUGCAGAUGAAGAUGAUGAUGAUGGUGGUGGUGGUGAUGAUGACUAUGAAGGUGAUAAUGAUGACUUUGGACUGGGGAUUGAACCGAGGACCCUAACACAUGCCAGGCAAGUCUACCAUGGAGCUACAUCCCUAGCCCCUUUUACUUGUUAUUUUGAGAUGGGCUCACUGAGUUGUGAAACCAAGCCUCGAACUUGCUAUCCUGCCUCAGCCAACCAGAGCGGCUCAGGUGGCAGUGCUGCGGCACUGGACUUGGCCAGGGCUGGGUGUUUUGGUAAACAGCCAUUGAUAGAAAUUUGGAGUAUUCCAGGCAGUGGGUUCUGUGGCACAGGAAAGAGAAGUCUACUGUGUUGUUUCUUUCUAGGGAGCUCUCUGAGUUUGCUUCAGGCUGCUCUGUCGGGGGCCUCAGAAAAGAGGGUACAGGCGAAAGAGGUGAGGCCCACCCUGUGGAAUGCAGUAGAGGAGAUGAGGGCCCGUAGGGCCACCCUGAAGACACUGCGUUUAGGCCUCCUUGGAGACACCUUGACAGAUGGUGGGUUGAACCAACUAAGAAGGACACUCUGGGAGCUACAGGUGGUAAAAGCCCGGGGCCCAAGAAGCCAUGCACCUAAAGGGGCUAGAGCUGAGACUGUGGGACUCCCAGAGCCACAGGUUAAAGGCAAGCCACCGACCUACAGCGUGCAGGGAAGACAUUUCGCUCAUUUGUCAGAGGCAGGAAGAAGAGAAUUUCUAGGGUCUGGGCUCCACCAAAAACAUGCUCUCAGGCACUCUGAGGAACAGGCCCGUCAGGCCCCAGAUGUGGCUCUGCAGUUCUCUCUGGCCCAGGCUCGGAGGCAGAGACUUCGAGAGGAACACCAGAUUUGGAUCCAGGAAGAGCUGAAACAUCUGGAACAUCAGGAGGAAGUGGCCUGUAAACAUAUUAAAGGCCUGGUGGCAGAGGCUCGUGAGGAGAGAGAGAGACCGUGGAAGGAGCAGACAGUGCUGAGACUUCAGGUGGAAGCCCUGCAGGCAGAACGGGACAUGGCAGAGCAUGACCUGGUGACUCUCUAUGACCUGUAUGUGCAGGCCACCCGAGCUCAGACAUGCCACUUGCUGCAGGUAUUCCAAGCCUGGCAGAGGCUGUGGGAGGAGAAGGCCGUGGCCACAGAACACCAUCACCGCAGUCUGCUGGCUGGAGUCCUCCGAGACUCCAUUGAUCUGGCCCUGAAGACCCAGGAGCUCCAGGCCAGGAACCAGCAGCUUGAGCAGAGUGCAGGCAGGGCCAGUUGUGCUGGAGUCCUGCCUGGAGAGGAACCUGAUCAGGACCACCAUGGGGCUGCCUUCCUUUGUCCUCAUUCAUGAGGAUCCCAGAAAGGAGAGCAAGGUGGGGCACAUCAACCAAGAUGGCCUUCACUACAGAUCACUACCACCACCACUGACCAAGUCUCCCUGUACCAAUCUCUGCGAAGCACCCAGUACCUAUUAUUUCAUUUUGCGUUUUCAGCUCCCCUGUGUUUGUAGCAUUUGAUGCUCAUUUCAGAGAUAACCCAUCCUAGUAACUGCCCAAGGACAAUGAACUAAAUAGAAAAGGAAGAGUUCUCUUCCUCCUUUUCCUCCUGUGCUAGGGAUGGAACCCAGGGUCUGCGCAUGCCAAGCAUCUUCUGGAAUUGGCUAAUAUACCUAAGGAUGACCUUGAA